UUUGAAACAGCUCUCGAAUUUAUAGAAAAAAAAUCUCGUCUUUCUUUCAUUUUCCGGCGCCGGAGCUCAGCUCUUACUGGUCCUCACAAAUCCUCUUCAGGUUAAAGGUCAGUUCUUUCUGCUACUCUCAAUCUCUCCGUCUCCGGUUCUUUCCUCUUCAACUCGAUCAAACCCUAGAAACAUUUAUCAGGGUUUUGGUAGUUGCGUUACAGUCAAUCCAGAUCAGAAGCGUUGAUUCAGCUUUAUUUUCAUCUUUUCGAUCUGAAUUUUGUUUAAUUUGAGUGUCAAAUGAGUGAUGGAGAGGGGACUAGGGAGAACGUCGCCAAAGUCGCCUCUCCCGAUCCGUUAGAUGCGCCGGUGCAAAAAUUUGAAGCUGGCGAAGCUUCGACGGGGUCUUCUUCGCACUAUUCUUCAUGUGGAGAAUCAGAGCUGGAUCGAUAUUGCAGUGCGAAUUCGGUGCUUGGGACGCCUAGCAUUUGUAGCUCCAUAGCGACUUUUAAUGAUGGUAUGGUAGAUUCUGAGUUUGGAUGCUUGAGAAGUAGUAGCUUUGGACUAGGGGAUGAUUUCGAGAAUUUUACUUUGGAUGGAAACCAGAAAUUUCCAUCCAAUGGUAGAAUUGGAUUACAGAAAGAUAGAACUGAGGAAGGUGGAGACGUGCGCAGUCUUGCAAUUGUUAGAUUCAAAAAUGGUGAAGUUGGUGGUUCUUCUGGUUUGGAUACAGAAUUGAGGGAGGAAGAUGGGAAUUCAUCGAGACAUGAGCAUUCAGAAGGUGAGGAUUCCAUGUAUAACUAUGGGACCGAUGAUGAGUGUAGGCAUAACUCGUAUUAUCUAAGGAAAGGUGAGGUUGUGAAUUCGACUAUGCAUGAGAAUCCAUUGCUAAUUAACUCAUCUGUGGCAUUUGGUUCAAAUGAUUGGGAUGAUUUUGAGCAAGAAGUGGGGACAAGUGAUUUGGUUUCUCUGGCUUUAGAAAUGCCCAGUGCCAGUGGAAAUGUAAAAGAUGCUGAUGAUAUGCAAGGGAUUGUUAAUAACCUUGCUUUGUUUCCAAUUAGUUUCCCCACUUCUAGAGAGCCAGAGCUUGUGGAAGAAGUGAAAGACAUUCCUGUUGCAAGUUGUCAGGAACAUGUUGCUGAUGAAGUGGUGGGCAAUAUGAAAAGUUCCUCUAUUUCUGUGGUUCAUUCUGAAAGGUAUAAUGAGCCGGAGAAAGAUGUGAGAGACAUUUCUGUUACCCCUGGUCAACCUGAAGAUGUUGAUGAUGAUAUGAAGUAUCUUGAUAAUUGUUCCAUUACUGAUGUCUUUGCAAUGAAGGUGGAGCAGGAUCCACCAGUAGAAAAAGCCCCCCUGGAAAUUGGUUUGAACUUAGUAGAUUCCAGCAUGGGAAGGAAGGAUCUGUCUACUGAUCCGAAGGAAGUAAUUGGCAUUGAUGAGUGUCAGGAUUUGGAAAGGCAGGAACUGGAAAGGCAGGAACUUGACGUUUCUAGUGCAGAAUUGGGACUGCUUGCCGACCAUGCCCAUUCAGCUGACUCUCCAAGGGGUUUGUUUGAAGAUCACCAAUCAAAUUCACCGUCAUUAUCAUCUGAAGUUAUUUUGAGCAGUACAGUCAAUGAUAUUCAUGCAUCUACUGAUAUAUCUGAGAAACAUACUGCACAAGUUCAGACAGAGAAUCUUGAACCACAUGAAUCUUAUGAUGAGAUUGUUCUUGACAUGGAAGAGAUUUUACUUGAUUCUGGUGAUUCUCAUGGGGUGAGGUUCUCUCAGGGUAAUAGGAUGUUUCAAGCUCAAGUAUCACCUCUAAGAGAUGGAGGGUCAACAGCUUCUACUUCAGGUGCUGAUGAAGCUUACUCAUCUAUUCCACAUACCCUGAGGAUAGAUGGUGUUGAAGUGGUAGGUGCAAAGCAGAAAAAUGGAGAUGUCUCUCUGAGUGAAAGAUUGGUUGGGGUUAAGGAAUAUACUGUGUAUAAAAUAAGAGUGUGGUCAGGCAAUGACCAAUGGGAGGUGGAACGCAGAUAUCGUGAUUUCUGUACACUCUAUCGCCGCUUAAAAUCACUUUAUUAUGAACAAGGUUUGAUUCUCCCAACCCCCUGGUCAUCUGUAGAAAAGGAAUCCAGAAAAAUAUUUGGAAAUGCAUCUCCUGAUGUCAUUGCUGAAAGAAGUGUUCUUAUUCAAGAGUGUUUGCGUUCCGUUCUCCAUUCCAGGUCAUUUUCCAGCCCUCCAAGUGCAUUGAUUUGGUUUUUGUCACCUCAAGAUUCAGUACCUAGCUCCCCUUUGUCUAAUAGACUGCUGUCUCAGUCUACGCCAUUUGUUGGAGGAGCAAACUCACAAAACAUUCCCACUCUAGGGAAAACCAUAUCACUUAUUGUAGAACCUCGACCACCCAAAUCAAUGAAACAAAUGCUCGAAGCACAACAUUACACUUGUGCUGGAUGCUAUAAACAUUUUGAUGAUGGGAUGACACUAAUGCGAGAUUUGGUACAGACAUUUGGAUGGGGCAAACCUAGACUUUGUGAAUACACUGGCCAGUUAUUUUGUUCUUCAUGCCAUACAAAUGAAACUACAGUUUUACCUGCUAGAGUGUUGCAUAAUUGGGAUUUCAUUCAAUAUCCAGUUUCUCAGUUGGCGAAAUCAUAUCUGGAUUCUAUCCAUGACCAGCCCAUGCUUUGUGUUAGUGCAGUCAAUCCUUUCCUGUUCUCAAAGGUCCCAGCACUGCAGCAUGUUAUGGGGAUCAGGAAAAGGAUAGGAGUUAUGCUUCCGUAUGUUCGCUGUCCAUUCCGAAUGUCAAUCAACAGAGGACUCGGGUCUCGCAGAUAUCUGCUUGAAAGCAACGAUUUUUUUGCACUUAGAGAUCUCAUUGAUCUAUCCAAAGGAGCAUUUGCAGCCCUCCCAGUGAUGGUGGAAACUGUCUUGAGGAAAAUUGAGGAGCAUAUUACAGAGCAAUGCCUGAUAUGCUGUGAUGUGGGAGUUCCCUGCACUGCUCGACAGUCUUGUAAUGAUCCAUCAUCUCUCAUAUUCCCCUUUCAGGAAGGCGAGACUGAAAAAUGUCCAUCUUGUGGAUUGGUUUUCCAUAAGCCUUGCUUUAAAAAGAUCACAAACUGUCUAUGUGGGGCUGAACUUGGGUCACAUGAGCUUGUGCGAUCCUCUAGCGGUUUACUCCGUGGUGCCAGUUUUGGGGCAAGUGGAGCAUUGGACUUGUUAGGGAAAAGAUCAGGUUCUGGGUUGAGUUCAGGUUUCCUUUCUGGACUAUUCCCAAAAUUAGAGAGGAUAAAGGAGCACAAGGACAGUGACAAUAUCAUUCUAAUGGGUUCCUUGCCUAGCAAUUCCAUGUAAUCACAUGUCGUUUAGACAUAUACAAUUUGUAUACUAAAUUUUCUCAACCUCAGGCUUCAGCUGAACAUGUAAUCAUAAUAAGGCUUUGAGCUGCUGCCGACACCACUUGUACAGUUGUACAUAACAUAAAGAAGCAAGGCUGUCCAAAAGAUGCCAUAGUAGAGAUGUAUAGGGGAGAUUCCUGUUAUUUGAUAUGGAUGGAGCUUCACCCUCUUCUUUUUCUAAGAAAAACUCAGCCUCAUCUUUUCUUAAUUGGUAUUUGUUUCUACUUUCUACACACUUGAUUGGAUUCCUGAAAAUAAGAAUAGGAAUGGAUUUUAUUUGUUCUUUACAUAAUGCUUGCAUAGAAUGAAUUAGCCUCAGUUAA